ACGGGUAUGACCAUCCCAAAAGUCCGAGGGCUUCUCCGAGGACCAAGCGGUAUCGGUAAUGGCGACACAGCCACUACCCUUUUUUCCUUUGUGUCGCGGUGGAUAUGCCAGACGGCGGUCAUACAACUAGCACUCCCACCUUUGAUACCCUCCGUCGAGAAAAGUUGUUCAAGCAACCACCCAAGAAAGGAUCGAGCUAUGGCAUUUUAAACGAAUUUGUUGCUCCCCACAUCGAGUCCUUCAACGCCCUCUUUGAUGAUUCUGGUCUUCCUUCUGGCGACGGCGAUGGCAAGGGUCUUCUCAAUCUCGCUUUGAAGGACAUCGGCACACGCGUAGUUUUUGAUGCCACCACUUCCGAUGGCCAGGCAUUCGGUAAUCGAAUGCAGAUAUGGAUCGAACAAGUGACAGUGUCUCGUCCAAUGCUACCAGACCGAAAUAAGUAUGCAAAGGAAGACAGAAAAAUAUACCCGUCAGAGGCUCGCGAAAGACUGGCGUCCUAUCGUGGUCGUAUGUCAGUCAAGCUGUGUUACACAGAUAUACACGGUCAGAAACAAGAAACGAACAAGGAAUGCGGGGCAGUACCUAUAAUGGUUCGAUCUGUACGAUGUAACCUUCGAGGAAUGUCGUCUGCAGAGCUUGUACGCCAUCAUGAAGAACCUGAAGAGUUUGGCGGAUAUUUUCUCAUCAACGGUAACGAGCGACUCAUUCGAUACCUUAUUUUACCCCGAAGAAACCAUGUCAUUUCCCUUCUGCGUCCAUCCUUCGCCAACCGUGGUCCAUCUUAUACCCAAUAUGCCGUUCAAAUCCGAUGUGUUCGUCCUGACCAAACAAGCUGCACAAACACCUUGCAUUAUCUUUCGAACGGGAGUGCAAUGUUGCGGUUCAGCUGGAGGAAACAGGAAUACGUGAUUCCGGUAAUGUUGAUUAUUAAGGCCUUAAUAGGUGCUUCAGACAAGGAAAUUUUUGAAGGGGUCAUGAUGGAGGAUUAUGACAACACUUUCUUGACCGGCCGUGUUGAGCUACUUCUACGAAGCUUUUGCGCAUUUACGAUGCGGACGGGAGAACAAUGUUUAACGUUUCUUGGUGACAAGUUCAGAGUGGUUCUUGGCUUGCCCGAUGAUUGGACGAAUGAAGAAGUCGGAGUGUAUCUCCUUCAGAAAUUGGUGCUCGUCCAUUUGGGAAGCCCUCGAGACAAGUACCGGAUGCUUCUAUUUAUGCUCCGAAAACUGUACUCCCUCGUCUCUGGCGCCUGUUGCGCCGACAAUCCAGACUCUCCGCAACACCAAGAGGUUCUGCUUCCCGGGACUCUGUAUGGCAUGAUUAUCAAAGAGCGCCUUGAGGAAAUUUUGAAUCAAAUACGGAACCAGAUAAAUAUCGAUGUUCGUAAUGGAACCGUAGUGGAUUUCAACGACAAACGCUAUUUCCAGAAAGUACUUACGAGAGUGAACUUCGACAUCGGAGCCAAGCUCUCUACUUUCCUUGCUACGGGCAAUCUAUCUUCGCCGACUGGCCUCGAUUUACAACAAGCUUCAGGUUUCACGAUCGUUGCAGAGAAACUGAACUGGCAACGUUACAUCAGUCAUUUCCGAUGUAUCCAUCGUGGAGCUUUCUUUGCAGAACUGAAAACGACCACCGUUCGUAAACUGUUACCCGAAGCAUGGGGAUUUUUGUGCCCUGUCCAUACUCCUGAUGGUUCUCCCUGCGGUUUGCUCAAUCAUCUGGCAAGAACGUGUCGUAUUAUUACCGCCCCUUUAUCCGUGGCCCACAUACCCGCUCUCCUCGCUUCCUAUGGCAUGACACAGGCGUUCACGCCAUCUGUUGACGGACGCAGGAAUAUUUGCGUCCAACUAGACGGACGUAUCAUAGGUUGGGCACGGCAGGCUUUGGUCCAACAACUAGCCACGAAUUUGAGAAUAUGGAAAACAGAAGGGCAUCACGAAAUUCCGUUGGAUUUGGAGAUAGGAUUGGUUUUAGAAUCUGACGGGGGACAAUACCCUGGUCUAUACCUAUUCUCCUCUCGGUCAAGGAUGAUGAGACCCGUCAAGUACUUGGCCAACGGGCACGACGAUUCAGUAGGUCCAUUCGAGCAGGUCUACAUGAAUGUUGCUUGUACACCUGAAGAGAUAGAGCCGGGUGUCUCAACGCAUGUUGAGCAUAAUCCUACCAAUUUCUUAUCUAUUUUGGCGAAUCUUACUCCCUUCUCUGAUUUCAAUCAAAGUCCCCGAAAUAUCUACCAAUGUCAGAUGGGUAAGCAAACCAUGGGUACACCAUCGACAGCACUCGCGCAUCGGACAGACAACAAACUCUAUCGCCUACAGAGCGGUCAGAGUCCCGUCGUUCGUCCAGCGUUACACAACACAUAUGCCAUGGAUUCCUUCCCGAACGGUACCAAUGCGGUCGUCGCCGUCAUCUCGUACACGGGUUAUGACAUGGAAGACGCGAUGAUUCUGAACAAAUCUGCGCAUGAACGAGGCUUCGCGUACGGUACUGUCUACAAGUCGCAGGUUGUUGAUUUGCAAGAGGAGGCCAAGGGAAGAAAACAGAGUGAGAUUACUCUCCAUUUUGGUCUUGGACGGGAUAUUAGACGGUAUGGAGACAAGGCACAUUCAUGUGUCGAGUUCCUGGAUCGAGAUGGGUUACCGUUUAUUGGCGCAAGGCUCCACCCAGGGGACCCACUUGCAGCCUAUGUCGACGAUGUGACAAAUAAGACCAAGUUUAUGAAAUACAAGGGCGAUGAAAUAGCAUAUGUCGAUAAAGUCAGGUUGAUUGGUGAUGAAUCAGGCGAGGGAGAACUUCAGAAGGUACAAAUAACCCUUCGGAUAACGCGAGCACCGGUCAUUGGAGAUAAAUUCUCCUCAAGGCAUGGACAAAAGGGUGUCUGCUCGCAGAAGUGGCCAGCUAUCGAUAUGCCAUUCAGUGAAAGCGGAAUGCAACCCGACGUUAUCAUCAACCCUCAUGCUUUCCCCAGUCGAAUGACGAUUGGUAUGUUGGUCGAGAGUAUGGCUGGCAAAGCCGGGGCGAUGCAUGGUUUAGCUCAAGACGCUACGCCGUUCAAGUUUAGCGAACAGGACACGGCAAUUGAUUACUUUGGAGAACAGCUCAUAGCUGCCGGAUACAACUACUAUGGCAAUGAGCCUAUGUAUUCCGGAAUAACUGGCCAAGAGUUCUCAGCAGACAUAUAUCUGGGUGUAGUUUACUAUCAGCGAUUGCGACACAUGGUACUCGACAAAUUCCAAGUACGAACAACUGGACCCGUCGAUCCCUUGACUCGACAACCUGUGAAGGGACGUAAACGUGCAGGUGGCAUCCGUUUCGGUGAAAUGGAACGUGAUGCCUUGAUUGCACACGGUACCUCCUUCCUUCUUCAAGAUCGGUUAAUGAACUGCUCAGACUACUCGACCGCAUGGGUAUGUCGGACCUGUGGAAGUCUAAUAUCUCUCGGUUAUGAGGAUAUCAGCCUUGGAGAGGCAGUCAUGGGGAAAUCACGAUCACUCAAGUCCACUGGACCUGGGGGGGAAUACUGUCGAGUGUGUCGUACAGCUGCAGAAGAAGAGGAAGAAAGGGAACGUCGAGCCAUCGCAACUGGUCUGAACCCUCGACAACCUCAAGCCGCUCUAUCUGUUGCAAUCUCGUCGCAGCAUGUCCUUAGUAGUGGAGCGAAGGGCGGGGAUUUAGAUGUUGUAGCUGUUCCCUAUGUGUUUCGCUAUCUAUGUGCCGAAUUGGCUGCGAUGGGUAUAGCGGUUUCUGUUGAAGUAUCAAGGUAACUGACAUUACCCAUGUGCAUAUGCCCAUACUACAUACGGGUAAUAUUCAUCUUGUACAUCCAC